GGAUGAUUUACUUCUAUUUACUUCAUUCUCCAUCCAUAUUGUAGUUUGGGUGUCUGGGGCCUCAAAAGUGUUGUAGCCGGCCCUGCCUGCUGUUACCACUCCAUUGAUAACGCUUGAUUGCUUCAAACCAAGAAAGUUCCUUUAAUUACUCUACUCAACGCUUGAAAAUAACAAUGGAGAAGAAGGGUAUCUCACAGGACGUUUCAAGUAAAGAGCAAGAAGAAGAUCAGAUUGUGAACCCAUGGGAAGUGUCAGCCAAGGACGGCAGCAAAAUUGACUACGACAAGUUGAUUGACAAAUUCGGCUGCCAACGGCUUGACCAGUCCCUCAUUGAUCGCGUGGAGAGGCUUACUGGCCGUCCGGCGCAUGUCUUCCUUCGCCGCGGCGUCUUUUUUGCCCAUCGUGACUUCAGUGAGAUUCUGGACGCUUACGAAAGAGGGGACAAGUUCUACUUGUACACUGGACGCGGACCUUCUUCAGAGUCCUUGCAUUUGGGUCAUCUCAUUCCAUUCAUGUUCACCAAGUACUUGCAGGAUGCGUUUAAGGUGCCACUUGUAAUUCAGUUAACAGAUGACGAGAAGUGUAUGUGGAAGAAUCUGACGGUCGAGGAAAGCCAAAGGCUGGCCCGGGAGAAUGCAAAGGACAUCAUUGCUUGUGGUUUUGACAUUUCCAAGACAUUUAUCUUUUCUGAUUUCGAUUAUGUAGGAGGUGCAUUUUACAAGAACAUGGUGAGGGUUGCAAAGUGCGUCACAUACAAUAAGGUUGUUGGUAUUUUUGGUUUUACUGGCGAAGACCAUAUCGGAAAAGUCAGUUUCCCGCCAAUUCAGGCUGUUCCAUCAUUUCCAAGUUCGUUUCCACAUCUCUUCUCAGGGAAUGAUCGCCUUCGCUGUCUGAUUCCAUGUGCAAUUGAUCAGGAUCCUUAUUUCCGAAUGACACGUGAUGUGGCUCCUCGGAUAGGCUAUCAUAAGCCUGCUUUAAUUGAGUCAUCAUUCUUUCCUGCUCUACAGGGAGAGACUGGAAAAAUGUCUGCUAGUGACCCAACUUCUGCAAUAUAUGUAACAGAUUCGGCAAAAGACAUAAAAAAUAAGGUAAACAGGUAUGCAUUUUCAGGUGGGCAGGAUUCUAUAGAGUUGCACAGGAAGUAUGGGGCAAACCUUGAGGUCGAUAUCUCAAUCAAAUACCUGGGAUUUUUCCUGGAGGAUGAUGCCGAACUGGAUAAAAUUAGGAAGGAAUAUGGUGCUGGCCGUAUGCUGACGGGUGAAGUGAAGAAGAUACUUAUUGAAAUUCUAACCGGUAUCGUUGAAAGACAUAGGGAGGCUAGAGCCGCAAUUACUGACGAGAUGGUAGACGCAUUCAUGGCAGUACGUCCGCUUCCUAAUAUGUUUUGCUGAACAUGGUUUACAAUAUACGGAGUAAGUUAGAAGCUUUACAUUCAUUUUAUUAUUGGAAUUCACGCCCUUAUGGCAGAGAUGAGUAUUUAUGAUGUUCAUUUCUAUACAAACAGUCUGACUCGAGACUUGUAAUUUUUGGGUAGGUCUCUUAUGAGGCUUUAUGUGUCAGUUAGAUGUGAGAUGAUAGUGAACCAGAUAUUUUUGGUUUUAUAUAUAUAUAUAUAUAUAUAUAUAUAUAUAUAUAUGAAGCUAAUUAUUAUUAUAAUUGUUUACUACUAUAAGUAAUAACAAGAAUUGGGAUUUAAAAGUUGGGACACAGUACUCAAUACUCAUUCAUUCAUUAUAGAUCUUAAAAAGUUAUUAUUGUCAAUGAGGG